AAAUUAAAUGAGACCAUCAAGUGCAUCUGGUAGUUUAUCAAGAGAAUAAGAUAAAAUAAACAAAGAAUAAAACAAACCAACAAAGUAUUUAUAUAAUUAUAUUAUAUAGUCCAUAUAAAUUACCUAUUGGAAUAAAACAAAAUAAACAAAAUAGUUAAAAAAUGGAUUGGGAAAAGUUAUAUGAAGAGAGUUAACAAUUAAAAAUGAUAGUUAAUUAAUUUAAAGAUGAGAAUACAAAAUUAAAAACUAAAAAUAUUAAUCUGGAAGUAAAUAUGUUAUAGAUAUUAAUUCUUAGAAAGAUUUAGUAAAAUGUUCAAAUAUAAUAGAAGAGAUGGAAUAAACUGGAAAUGUGAAAAGAUUCUAUUAAACUCCAAUGUAAGAUAAUUAAAUGAUAUUAAAUUUGAAAACUUAAGUUAAAUAACUAAAUGAACAACUUAAUGAUUCAAAAUUAGAAUUAUAAAAUAUCAAGAAAGCAUCCAAAUAUACAAAAUUAUCAGAAUUAGAAAUUGAAUGUAAAUAAUUUUAAGAUGAAACUAUACGUUUAUCUUAGAUUAUAGAAUAGUUAAUAACAGAUAAUAUUUAUUAAAAGUAAUUUGAAAAUGAUCAAAAUAAAUUGAAAGAAAUGUUAAUAUAGAGAGAAUAACUAAUAAAAUAGAUGUAAGAGUAAUUAGAAUAUUAUAUUGAUGAAAAUAAGGUUUUAUCUGAGAAACUAGAAUAGAUGGUUUAAGCAUAUUAAGAACUUGAUAAAAUAUAUAAUAAAUAUUAAAAUGAAGCCAAAAAUAAAUUAAAAAUUAAAGAUAAAUAAAUACAAGAUUUAAAAAAUGAUAUUGAUAGGAUAUCAUUGAAUACAAAAUCACAAAAAUAAAUAGCAAUUAAGAAGGCUAAUCCUUAAAAAUUGAUGGAUAAAUCUUUAAAUAUUUCUACAAAAAGAGAUCAAUCAUUUAAAAUUAACAAUAAUACAAAUAAUAGUAAUAGUAGUAAUAAUAUACUGAGUUCUUGUAUUAAUCGUUAAAUUAUGGACUUAAUAGAUGAACCUGUAAAAGAACAAGAACUCUAAGAAAUAAGUAUUUCUUAUUAUCUAUGAUUUUUAGAAUUGGAAGUGAGAUUAAGAUUAAGUUCUGCAAAUAUUCCUACUGUUAAAUUAGAUAGAUAUCUAUUUAAUUAGAAUACAUCAUAAAUUGAUUUUUGUUCUCUUCAUGAUAGAUUAACUAAACAACCUUUUCUUUUAGAUAAACCAGAUGCUAUGUUAUUUGCUAGAUAUCUUAUUGAAAAACACAAUCAAUAAUAUCCUUAUAAUAUUAAUAUUAAUCUAACUUAAUAACAUGAAUUUGUCAAGUCAGAGUUUAUUAAUAUUACUGGAUAUUGGCCUAUUUAUGAUAAACUAGAAUCUAAAAUCAUAGAAAUCUAUCUUUCUAAAUUGUUUUCAAAUAUUAUUUCACUAUUAGAAUCAAAACUUAUUGGAUAGAAUUUUAGAUAUUUAGAUUUAUUUGCUAUUCUCGACUUAUUUUUAAAACAAUAAAAAAAAUUAAGUCUUAAAUAAAUUGAAUAUUAAUAUCUUCUCUUAAAAGUAUAAUUUUAUAUUAUUCAGUUAGAUAAUUAAAGAUUGUCAAAAUAUAAGAAAAUUAAAUGGAUCUCUUAUUUUUAAAUAUUUAAAAGAAUUAUGUGAUUCUAUAGAUAAUGAUAAUCAAAAUGCUCUUGAUGAAUUAUAAAAAUAUUAUACUGGAUCAUCUAAACGUAAUUCCUUUUUCUUUAAAUAACUUCGUUUAAAACAAGAACAAAUAUUAUCAUUGUGUGAAUUAGAUUAAAAAGUUUAUGAUCCUUAAUUAGAACAAUAAAUAGAUAAAUCAUCUAAAACUUAUCUAUAAAAAAAUGGAUUAAUUAGAAGUUAUUCUGAACCAAAUUUUUAUGAAUUAUAAUUACAUUAAGAAGAUGAUCAUGAUAAUAAUUAAGGAUAUUAAAAUAAUUAAGAAGAUGAAGAAUUAUUAUACUAACAAGCUUUUAAUAAAUAAAUGAAAGAUAAAUAACAAUCUUAAGAAGAUUAUGAAAAUUAGAAUAAUAAAUUUUAUGUUGAUGAUAAUGAUAUUGAUGAUGAUGAUUAUUAAUUAGAAUAAACAUCUUAAGAUCAAAAUGAAGAAUAUUCUGAAAGUCAACUUAAAUAUUAAAUCAAAAAUAAAACUAAUAAAUCAGAAAAUUAUGAACAAGAUGAUUUUGAAAAUGAAUUAGAAAAUUGA